CACUGCCAGAGUCAGCUUCACAAAACUAUUCCCUAGCCCUGAUCUUAACCUGACUCACGCUGUUCUGGGUGAUUGGCUUAUGUACCCCACUUCAGGUAAAGAGCUCCAAGGGGAAUGCAUUGCCUGAGGUUAUAGUACCCUUUAGCUCUAGCUGGGGCUUCAGCAGUAGAAUAGGACUCUUCCUGCAUGGGAAAAACAUACUGUGACCCCAGCCUCUCCCAGGAACAGACACUGAAGAGGGUCUCCCAGGACCCCUAGGGAGUGAAGAGAAGUCAAUAUAGCUCAGCUCUCAGCCAACUAGAGCCAGAUCCACCCUCUUCUAGGUGAUUUGCUCCAGGAGACUUGCCAGCCCUCACACUACCCUGGGGCCAGUUUCCUCCAGUAGGCCCCACCCCCAAGCAGGUCCCUCUCAGGGCAGCCCAUCCCUGAUUGCCUCAGUGGGUGUGGUUCCUGAGGCUGAGGGGCAGGAAGGAGAUACAUUGUCCCUGUCCAGUCCCGGUCCUUGGAGCAGGUCAUUUCUUCCCUGGCUCUAGGUUGAGAAAGUUGGAGGUAGGCUGUCCCACUGGCUUCUCUCUAUGGCUCUGAAGGAGGGACUCAGGGCUUGGACCAAGAGAAUCAUCUGGCGGCUGAUCCUACUUGCACUUGGCCUCUUAGGCCUGUUCCUGUAUGGGCUUCCUAGGAUCAGGUAUCUGGAAAUAUACAUCCCCAUGGGCGUCUGCCCUUCAGCCAUAAUGUCCCUGCUGAGAGACAACUUUACGGGUGUCCUGCAUCCCUGGUAAGGAGCUACUAUCCCUCCCACUCUGAGAAUACCCACAAACCUACAGGGCUCUUCCCAGGCCCCUGCCCUCCUCUUAUCCCCCACCCAUAUAGCCCAACAAGUGGCUGGACAGCAGAACCUCACCAUUGGGCUGACUGUCUUUGCUGUAGGCAGGUACCUGGAGAAGUACCUGGCGCGCUUCCUAGAGUCGGCGGAACAGCACUUCAUGGUGGGCCAGCACGUGGUGUACUACGUGUUCACCGAGCGGCCGGCCGCCGUGCCCCAGGUGGCGCUGGGUCGGGGCCGCCGGCUGCGCGUGGAGCGCGUGGUUCAGGAGCGGCGCUGGCAGGACGUGUCCAUGGCGCGCAUGCGCACGCUGCACGCGGCGCUGGGCGGGCGGCUGGGCCGCGAGGCGCAUUUCGUGUUCUGCAUGGACGUGGACCAGCACUUCAGCAACGCCUUUGGGCCCGAAACGCUGGCCGACUCCGUGGCGCAGCUGCACGCCUGGCACUACCGCUGGCCGCGGUGGUUCCUGCCCUAUGAGCGCGACGUGCGCUCGGCCGCCGCGCUGUCGCGGAGCGAGGGCGACUUCUACUACCACGCGGCCGUGUUCGGGGGCAGCGUGGCGGCCCUGCGCAGGCUGACGGCGCACUGUACGCGCGGCCUGCAGCGGGACCGCGCGCUCGGCCUCGAGGCGCGCUGGCACGACGAGAGCCACCUCAACAAGUUCUUCUGGCUACACAAGCCAGCCAAAGUGCUGUCGCCCGAGUUCUGCUGGUCCCCGGAGAUCGGCUGGCGGCCCGAGGUCCACCGCCCGCGCCUGCUCUGGGCGCCCAAGGAGUACGCGCUGGUCCGCGACUAG